CAGACAAGCCACUCUCCGACAACACAUUAAACAAUAUCUCUCUUCCAUUAUUUUCCUCUUUCAAACUCCAAAACACUCAUCAUCAGUACCACUACAACAACCAAAAAUCAUGGCUGAGGAAAAGCACCACCACCACGGCCUCUUCCACCACAAGGAUGAAGAAAAGCCCGUCAAGAAUGUCUACUCGGAGACCGACGUCGCUUAUUCCGGUGGCCCCGGCCAGUACUCCGAGACUACAGAAGUGAUUGCUGUCACCACCGAGCCUGAGGUCGACUACGAGAAGGAAAAGAAGCACCACAAGCAUCUCGAGGAGGUUGGCAAGCUUGGUGCUGCUGCAGCUGGCGCCUAUGCCUUGUAUGAGAAGCAUGAGGCGAAGAAAGACCCGGAGCAUGGCCACAGGCACAAGAUAGAAGAGGAGGUUGCAGCAGCAGCUGCAGUUGGGGCCGGUGGUUUCGCCUUCCACGAGCGCCAUGAAAAGAAAGAGGCAAAGGAAGAGGAGGAAGAGGCUCAUGGAAAGAAGCACCACCAUCUUUUUGGUUAGAGAAUUAAAGAAUGAAGACAGAAUCUCUUCCCAAGUCAUGUUUUCUUUUAAUUAACUGCGUGUUUUUCUUUUUUUUUCUUUACUUUCUCUUAAGUAUUUCUGUGUUUGGAUACAUGACCACCAUGAGUAAGUUGCAACUACCCUAAAUAACUCUUGUACCAGAGUGAGUUUGUGAAAUACUUCCUCGGUUGGUAUAUGUCCUUGUUACUUAAAUGGGUAUCAUGUGGUUUUCUUAUUACCCAUUGUUAAUAAAGAUAUAUAUGUUUGUUAA